AUGAUGAAUCAUUCAGGUAGCCAGCCCCAACUAUUUGAACGCACUAUCGACCCUAAGUCGAGUCUAUCUACCUCAAUAUCAACAGCAGCGAUUAGCAGCGGUGGACUUCGAGAUAAAAAAUCAAUGAGUUCACAGCGUGCCAGCAAGUCAAAGGUGUUUCAAUGUACAGGCUUUGGCGACUGCAAAAUGGUUUUUACCAGAAGUGAGCACUUGGCUCGGCAUAUGAGAAAACAUACGGGGGAGAAGCCGUUCCAGUGUAUCGUACCAGGAUGUGACCGUAUGUUUAGUAGAUUUGAUAACAUGAUGCAGCAUACUCAAACACAUAAUAAGAGCCGUCCAAAACGUACCAAGACAGGCCGAUUGAAACGAGGUGGCAAGAAGUCCGCUGCAUCUGCUCGGCAUGGACAUUCCUCUGAUGAAUAUGAAGAAGACUAUGGCGGCUUACCGUCACCACCGCCUUCACGCAAAAGCUCGAUGGGAAAUAUAAUGGAUGAACAGCAGCAGCGGCAAUAUCGCAAUGUACGAUCGUCCCAAUUCGAAUAUGAUGAUGAUGAUAUGGAUGCUGCGAGCAGUGCUGAUGAAGACCCUACUUACCGGCCUCCUGGCUACUAUAAACAACAUCACCAUCGUCAUCAGCAAUCAUACCCUCCCCUUCCGCCCUCCAAUCCUUACAGCCAACAACGGAUAAUGAACCCUCCUAUGGAUUAUUAUCAGCACCCAUUGCCGCCACCACCACCACCACCACCUCCCUAUAAUAAUCUGUCUUUUUCGCGAUUCCCAGAUUCCCCCGCAUCAUCUGAUUCUUCGUCUGCGACCGCGCCUAAUCUAAACGAUUUUUUACCUGCACCGUAUCGUCGUCGUUCUGCUCCACAAAUUCGUUAUCAAUCUUUUGACAGACAUUAUCAUCAUCAGCAGGAGGCGAAAGAAGCCCUGCCUGCCAUUCCGAGACGAAAUUCAGUUUUAUCCCAAUUGGCAACUUAUUUAGUAAACAAUCCUGACAGAACUCCUGAGAGUUAUCUUGCUGAACAUGCACAACAACAACAACAACAACCAUCAUCGUCUUCACCGUCUUCUUCUGCUCAAAGCUCAACAGCAAACACACCUACCCGUCGCUUGUCGAUUCAUGAUUUAUCCAAUCCCAUUGAUAGUUUAAAUGAUGAACAAAAUGGCUAUGGUGUGGGUCAUAGUGGUGACAAUACUUCAGACGGAAAGAACAGUAAUAAAUCGCCAACAACAACCGCCGUACAAGAAGAAAAUGAAGAAGAGACUGUUCAAUUAACAGAAGAUGAAUACCAGGCGAUCAAAGGAUUUGCUCAAUUCCGUAAUAGCGCUUAUGUUUGUAAAAAGUAA